ACGAAUUUCGAAAGAUUUUUGAGACAAAUUGUGAAAGACGCGGGUUGGCGACGAAGAAGGAACAGACCUCUCUCCAGUUCGCGAUGAGAUCCUCUCCAAAAACAGAGCAAACCCUGCAUUAACCUCCAACCCUAAUUCCCCAUUCUCCUUCUUUUGCUUUCGAUUUCCCCCUUUUUAUCUGUUUUUCUUUCUCCGCCGUGCUUGUUUCAGGUUCAAUCCCGAUGGGGAAAGCCUCUUCUUCUCGCAAGAAGGAGCGUUCCAAGACUUCUUCAUCCCAGAGAAGUAGGAGAAAGAGUAAGAGUAGUAGGAAAUUGAAGUCCAAGAAGCUGCGGUAUCGCCACGAUUCUCCCUCUUGCUCUGACACUGAUUUUGAAAGUUCAACUUCAGUGUCUUCUUCUAGCUCGGAGGAUGACAAAAAAGUGAGAAGAUCUCGAUCCAAGACGCGAAAGAAUUCGAAGCCUAGUAAAAAGAGAUCCAAGAAGCAAUCUCAUGACCAUCAAAGUAGGGAAUGCCCUCCUCAUCCCAGAAAGAGGAAGCAUUCAAAGAGAAGCGACAGGUAUGAGGCUAAGAAGACCAACAAAAAGAAGCGUAGAAGAGAUGUGAGUGUUGGUGCCACAAAUAGUGACUCUCUGAGCCGCUCUACUUGUGGAGAUGGAAGUUCAACCAGCAGUGAUAGUGAAAUUGAUAGGCGUAGGGGAAGGUCUGGAAAGAGGAAAAGAAAUAUGGUGAAGACUGAAGGAAGAAGAUACAGGUCAAAGAGCCGUUCACCAUGCUCUUUAUGUAGUGACGGUGGUGAUUUUCAGAAUGAGGUUGAGGAUGACAGUUAUGUCGAAAACAGCUGUAGACGACUAAAAUCCAUAAUUGUUGUAGUAGGGGAGGAAGAUGAAUUAAAGACUUUUGUUGGGAAUGAACAACAAGAAGCGGUCACGCAUCAGCUUGAUGAAAACCACCCUUCAUUCGGGGAUAUGAAUAGUAAGGAUGGGACAAGUAAAAGAGAAUUAGACUAUGUUAUAUCUAAAGAGGCACCAGAGGUAGAAAGCAAAAACAAAAUAGUUACACCUGACAAUAGGAACUCUCUGAUUCUAAAUGAUGAUGGAGUUCGAAAUGAGGGAAGCAACAAAAACCAUGGAGGAGUAACUAAUGAUCAUUCUUUAGAUGAAAGAAAGAAUGGCUGUUCUGGAAACACCGACAGCAUAAAUUGUAUCAAUUUAGAGUCAAUUUUAAGGCAGAAGGCCCUGGAAAACCUUAGAAAGUUCAAAGGGGUUUCCCCAAGGAAUGUGGAAAUUAUUUCUAAUUGCAAAGUUGAGAAUAAUAAUGAUGCAAAGCAAUUGAUUUCCCCAGUCUCUAAGUCAGUUCAUGUGACACCUCCUAGGGAUGAUGCCGAAAUAAAUGGUAAAGGGUUCUCUAGACAAGAUGGAGGGGAUGCGGUAAAUUCAAUGAUAGUUAAGGAGAAUGGUUUUAAGUCUACAGAUGCAAUAGAUACAGCAGUUGCAUCUAUGCAUGAUCCUGUCUGUUCUUCACAGAAUCUUGGUAAAAUUUCCAAUGGAAGUAAUGGUAUGAAUGAACUGAAGCAGGAUAUUUCUUCAUUAGACCAAGAGGUUAUAAAUGAUAAUAUUUGCCUGAAGGCAGAUGCAGAUAUUUAUUCUACAACUAACAGAAGCAAUUUGGUUAUUGCAGCUUUUAGGCCAGAGUCAAAAGUUGAUUCUCUUAUAGAGAAGGCAUCUGCUGCUCAGGAAUGUAUCGAAACAAAGCCAUCUAUAUCUGACAUUGUCGUAGACGAGACUGCUCAAACCGAGACCCAGAUGAAGAAUAAUGAAGAUCAAAAUAUUCGUAAUGGUUUUGGUUCUUCAGCUUAUAAGCCUUCUUCUUCCCUUAAUUCUAUUUCAGGAGAAAAUAGCUUGGACAAGUCCAGACACGAGAGUGGGGAAGGCUCACAAUUUGAACAGAAAACCAUGUCUGUGAUGCGGGGUGGUGAAAUGGUGCAGGUGAACUACAAGGUCUAUAUCCCGAAGAGAGCGCCCGCUUUGACUAGGAGACAACUCAAGCGGUAAUGUAAGAUCCCUGAUUUUGCAGCCAUGUAGGAAGAUCCUGUUGCUUGCCAUUGAAAAGAUUAUAAAGUUCCGGAAGUGUUUUAUCACUCACUUCCUAUGCCAAGGAUCUAUAAGCCUUAAAACAUGAACAAUAAUUAGUGCAGUCAAUUGUUAAUAUUUUUGUUAACUUUUUCAUCGCAAUGAUGAAACUCUCAUGUUUACAAAGCCUUCUUAUUUAGUUUAGGUUGUGAUGCCAAAACCUUGUAUAUGUCAAGUUUAUGAUCAUAAUUAUUUUCACAUUCUA